GUAUAUUGUCCAGCGCAAUGUUCGAAGUAGACGUUUCUUAAAGUUUUGGGUUGUUGCGUAAUCAUGCUAGUGGUGCGGACAUUUUGAAAUCAUAUCCUUGAUCUGAUCGUGCAUUUUAUGGGUGUAAAUGGGCGUUUUGUUGAUGAAUCACAACAAAUGGUAAAAUUAGGUAAGAGGAGCUGGAAGACGCACUUGUUGAAACCAUUAUCAUGGACUCCAAAUAGUAAAGCAAAACAAGCAAAUACCUGCUGGGUGCAACUGUCUGGUCAUCAAGGUAGCCUAAUAUCUAAUGGUAAAGGAAGCGUUUUAAAACGUUAUUGCCAAAGUGAAGCCCAAUGUUUACUACAGCUCCAGCUAGAUAUACUCAGAUCAUUUGUCCCUAAAUACCAAGGCGAAAAGCUGCUCGAUGGUGAACGUUACGUAAAAAUGCAGGAUUUGCUGUACAAUUUUAAAUCACCAUCAAUAAUGGACUGCAAGAUUGGACAACGUACUUUUUCAGAAAGUGAGGUCAUUGGAGACUCUUCAGAAAAUAUUCGAAAAGAUCUCUACUUGAAAAUGAUGUCUACUUCGCCUAAUGCACCGACUGAAAGAGAACAUCGUGAAAAAGGUGUUUCGAAAGUACGCUAUUUGCAGUGGCGUGAUACAAUUAGCUCAACGGCUGAGUAUGGUUUUCGCAUUGAAGCAAUCAAGACUUUUGGUGAAUCCACUCGAAAAGAUUUUCAACACACUCAUACAUGGUAUGAAAUAAUAAAUCACUUUAAAUUAUUCAUACAACACCGUAAAAUAAUUGCUCAAAACUAUUUAAUCCGAUUAUUAAAGUUGAGAACUAUAUUGGAAGUUUCCGAUUUCUUUGCCAAACAUGAGUUUAUCGGCUCUUCAUUAUUAUUUGUUCAUGAUCAAUCAGGCUAUGCUAAUAUCUGGUUAAUUGAUUUCGCUAAAAUAGCCAGUCCAUCGAACAAUCAAAUUCGUGUAAAUCAUCGUUCUGUAUGGAAACCUGGCAAUUAUGAAGAUGGCUAUUUAAUUGGAAUUGAUAAUUUAGUGAAAUUAUUCGAAGAAAUUAUUCAUGAAUGCCAGUAGUUCCAGAUCUCAUAGAUUAUUCCCUUUUGUUUUUCCGUUUCCAUAUCUUUGCUAGUGUUUAUAUAUAUAUCGAAAGAACAUUACGAUUUAUAUCCGGUUUAGUAUACAAUAUUCACAUUUCCCAUUUUUUACGUUGACUUCAUAGAACUAAUUGAUCUGCCCAUAGAACAACUAUCGUGUUGUGCAUUGACUCAAUAAUAGUGAGCUUAUCCAUUUUGUGUUUGUUUAUUACUCCCUGAUCGUAUCCACUUUUCCCCCCACCUUUUGAUGGCAACAGUACAUUACAAAAUAAAUUAAAGCAACAGAUCGCUUGAAAAAAACAUCUUUUUUUACGUUUUCAUGUUUGUUUUUUAAUUGAUUUACUUGAGAAUCAAAAUUGUCUUCACAAUGUAUGUAAGACAGUUUCAAUAUCUUUUUUUACUUGUGAUUUAGACAUAUUUUUGAUAAAUGGAAUAGUUUUUUGUUCAAAUGUUUUCAUCAUCAAAUGUAUUUCGCCACAUCUAUUUUUUUCUAGAAUUAUUUUUUGUUUCUUUGACAUAGUACUAGUAUUCUCAAUAUUGAUUUGUUAUUGUAACAUAAGUUUAUCGAUUUCAAGCACAUUCCAACUAUGCCAAUUUGUACAAUUAUAAAAUGUUGAAUGUUUCA